AUGCCGAAAGAAAAUCAGAAAAAGGAUAAGCCCCGUAGCUAUGAGGACUUCAACUACAUGUCCCAUAUGCUAUUCAAGACUCUGGGCUACGAUAUAUUGGCUACAAACGCCACUAAGUGGCCUUAUAUUAUCCUGCGAGGAUACUUUUACCUGUGCAUUGUCUGCAAUUUCUAUGCCGCCUUCUACGUGACCCUAAGGUUCCUACAGUGGGAACGCAGUGAGUCAAAGCUGAUGCGGCACGCCCUGCACUUCUUCUACAUGUUCAGUGCCGAGGUCAAGUUUGCCACCUUUGUGAAGUACCGAAAGAGGUUAAGGUCUUUGAAUAAUCAACUGAAGGAUUUGUAUCCCACUGAUGCUAAGCAGCAAGAGGUUUACGAGGUCAACAGGUAUUAUUUGUCUCGAACAACGCGUAUCGUGCUUUCCUUCUACUACUCUGUGAUGGCUUUGAUGAUGGUAACUCCGCAUCUGCAAUCCUGCAUCACUCACUUUGUGGUGAAAAGGGAUUUUCCCUACUUGCGGAUAUUUCCCACUCAAUUGAGUUUCAGUUCCGAAACGCCUUGGGGCUAUGUUUUUGCCUAUUUCGUGGAUUUUACCUACAGCCAUUUGAUAGUCAACUUUACUUUGGGCACUGACCUCUGGAUGAUAUGUGCCUCCAGUCAGAUAUGCAUGCACUUUGGUUAUUUAGCCAAGGUUUUAGCCUUCUAUACCCCGCAUAGGGAGAGGGAGGAAGAGGAUUGUGCUUUUCUAAGCAAAUUCGUGAAGCGUCAUCAGCUUAUUCUGGACUUGCACAAUGAAGUGGAUCAGAUUUUUGGUCUUCUAUUGGCCUCUAAUCUCUUUACAACCGCCAGCUUACUCUGCUGUAUUGCCUUCUACACGGUCGUUGAGGGUUUCAAUAUGGAGGGAAUGUCCUAUAUGACGGUAUUUUUCAGUGUGGUUGGUCUCUUCUAUUUGGUCAGCUCUCAUGGUCAAAAUGUGAUUGAUUUGAGCACCAGCAUAGCGGUUGCUGCCUAUGAUCAGAAUUGGUAUGAGGGUUCUGUGCGUUAUAGAAGAUUACUUAUGCUUAUAAUGGCCAAGGCACAGCGUCCUUCGGUAAUAUCAGCCUCUAGUGUGGUCAUUAUAUCCUUGGACACCUUGAAGACUUUGAUGACCAUUACCUAUAGGGUUUUUGCAGUUCUAAGGCAAAGUAUGGGAAAGAAUUAA